AUGUUCGGCCGCCCGCAGGCGCCCCAGAAGGACUGGGGCAGCAUGUACUUCUACGAGAAGGUCCACCACCUGGUCGACCACACCGCCGACUUCGUGAUAGCGAAGGUGAAUUGGUGGAUGCCCUCCGUGGCGGUGGGGAUGGCACUUAGCCUUUUUAUUCUCGGUGGCCCCGACAGCGUGCCGCAGGCCGCCUCCAUCAUCCUGCCCUCCGCGACGCCAGUACUCGUGACGCCACAGUUUUCGAGCCCGCCAAACCAGCAGGGCGGUGCGGGCGCGCCGGAGGACGAGGAGGACUUUUAA